UUUUCCUAUUUUGUGAGAAAGCUUAAGAAAUUGAAGAGAAAGAAAGCAAUUUAGUGGAAGUUUUCUUAUAAUUCUAUAAGCUCAAUGCCGGCUAAUAUUCGUCCCAUUAGUCAGGAAUUGGCUAAGGUAGCAAAGGAGGAGUUGAAUGAAGUUCCCGAGAGGAUUGAAAAGGAUCUGCAGGUACUCAGAGAAUGGAUCAGGAAGCAACCACAUCUCCAUGCCAGGACAGACGAUCAAUUCCUCAUUGCUUUUCUGCGAGGGUGCAAAUGGAGUCUUGAGAGGGCAAAAGAGAAGAUUGAGGACUUCUACACUCUACGUGGACGAAUGCCAGAAAUUGUAAAAGAAAGAGAUCCGCUGAAUGAAAAAACAAGAAAAUUAAUUCGUUGUGGCGUUGCCCUCCCACUUCCAGCCACUGAAACACCCGGAAGUCCUCGGAUAAUGCUAAUCCGUCCAGGAGCGUACAAUCCUGAAAAAUUCACCUUCACCGAGGUGAUGAAAGUGGGCAACAUGGUGAGCGAUUUCGUAAUGCUUAACGAUGACAAUACAAUGAUUGCUGGACAAAUUGAUAUCCUGGACUUGGGUAAUGUAAUAGCUGGGCAUUUUCUGCAAAUGAAUCCGGGAUUGGUGAGAAAAAUCACACUCCUGACACAAAAAGGACUCCCAAUGCGUCAACUGGAGACGCACUGCAUCAACACACCUCCUGGAUUUGAGACACUCUUCAACAUGUUCAAGGGAUUUGUUAGUGAGAAGCAGAGAAAUCGCAUCCACAUUCAUGGAAGCAACAUUGAGCAGCUGUACAGGUACAUCCCCAAAAGACUCUUUCCGGAUGAAUAUGGCGGAGAAGCCGGGAAGAUUGAGGAAAUUAUUAAUUCUUGGGAGCAGAAACUAACUUCCUACGCCGAUUGGUUUAGAGAAGAUGAAGAUUUCUACGGGGUAGUUGAAUCAAAGAGAAUAGUAGCCUACAGGGAUGCUUCUCAGGAAUUUUUUGGUCUUAAUGGAACUUUCAGAUCUUUGAAUUUGGAUUUGUUGGCUGAAAAAAUGGCACAAAUUCGUCCAUUAAGCAAGGAAUUGCAGGCUAUUGCGCAGGAGGAGCUUAACGAAGUCCCGGAGAGGAUAGAGAAGGAUCUUCAGGUGUUAAAAGAUUGGCUCGCUAAGCAGCCACAUCUGCAUUCCCGUACGGAAGAUCAAUUCUUAGUGGCAUUCUUGCGAAAUUUCCGUUACAGCCUUGAGAAGGCUAAAGAGAUGAUCGACUCCUACUAUUCCGUUAGAACAGCUAUACCGGAGAUGCGUAAAGAUAGGGAUCCCCUGAAUGAGAAGAAUAGAGAAAUCGUGCAAACAGGAUACUCCCUCUAUCUGCCAAAAUGCGCACCAGGAGGUCCAAGAAUUUUCCUCAAUCGCGUCAGCGCGUUCGAUCCGAACAAGUACAGUAUCUAUGAACUGAUGAAGGUUGCCAGUAUGAUUAACGACAUAGCCAUAAUGGAAGAUGACAAUGCUGUGAUUUCUGGACAUAUUGACAUUAUGGAUCUCAAAGAUCUCACAAUGGCACACUACUCCGUCUUCACGCCAACAGUUCUCAAGAAGCUCAUCAUGAUUGCCCAACAGGCUACACCGUUGCAUCAGAAGGAGAUCCACUACUUGCAUCUUCCUGCCACUAUGAAUACGCUGUUCAAUGUUUUCAAAAAGUACUUAACGGAAAAAAAUGGCGUCAAAAUCUACGUUCACAACAACUUAGAGUCCCUACAGGCUGCCAUAUCGUCUGAAUUUUUACCUGCUGAGUACGGAGGACAAGGUGGAACAAUAGCUGAGAUUGCAGCUAAUUGGGAAAAGAAACUUCUCGAGAAGAGAGAAUGGUUCUUGGAUGAUGAGAAAUACGGAACAGAUGAGAAGAAGCGAAGAGGACCACCCCGAACGGCAGAAACUAUGUUUGGAUUCGAAGGAUCAUUCCGUCAGCUUGAAUUUGACUAAUCCUGCUACUUUGCGAAGACUUCCUUUAUCCGAAAUUCAGACAAUCCACAAAACAAUAAUCAUUUGUAUUAAACAUUUUGAUAUAAAUAAAGUCUUGUUUCAUCUUUAAACUUAAUCUUUGUAUA